AUGAACGAUAUUAAUAAGAUUUUGGACAAUUAGGCUAAGCCAAAAAGCCACUUUAAUUAAUAUUCACUUGAUGAAAUUGAAGAUAAAUAUAUGAAAGAUGUUGUUAUAAGUAGUAAACCUAAUUAUGAAUAUGAAGAAAUGUACUUGUGUAAAUUAGAAUAAGGUAAGAAAACAUAUGAGUAAUGUAUAAAAGGAGCUAUACCAAAGAGUAAAUUUGAUAAGAUUCUUGAAAGAAAAGAACCAUUAGAUAAUGAUUUAAAUUAUACCAAAGUAGAAAAGCUAAAAAAAUAAUAUAUUUACGAAUACAUUGAAUCAUAAACUCAUAGCUUUUAAAAAUAGUAAUAAGAUAUUAAAGUAUUUCAGAAAAAGAAUAAAAAAUUGAAUUUCUUUUUUAGUGAUGCAGACACUAUAGAAGAGAUUGGAAUAGAUGCUGCUUAUCAUAAUGUAAUAUAAGAAUAAACUAGUUAAGGUUAGUAAGAUAAUGAGUUAAACGAUCCCUUAGAAUAAAGUUAGAAAUUUAAAUUAAAGGCCAAAGUAGAUGCACAUUCUUAAGGAAAUAAAUUAUUCUUUGUUUAUAAAGACUAGGAAUAUAAAUUAGAAAGAGAGAUUCCUGGAAAUGUUUUUAUAGAAGUUAGAAGAGGAGAUAUGGUUGGAAUAUUUAAAAAAGAUGAUUUUAAUUAUAUUCCUAUUGAUUUAGAACAAUAGUAAUAAGCUUAAUAGUAGUAGGCUAUUAAUAAAAUGUAGAGCAGUAUAUCUAGUAAUAACUAAGUUGUAAUGGAAAGUAAACAUCUAAUUACAGAGUAAUAGGAUGAUCGCUCAGAAAUAUCAACUCGUUCAAAAGCAUAUAGUAUUAGCAGUCACCAUACAAAUCAUUUAUAAUAUAGGAAAAAAAAUCAAUACAAUAAAAAGGUUACUAAUAAUUACUUAAAUGUUACUCCUAAUAAAUAAUUUGGUUCUUCAAAAAAUAUCUCAUACUUGUCUACAGCUUCGUAGAAGCGUUAUUGA